AUGGCUCGACCCCGCGUCCCUACCGUGUACGCCUUUAGCCAGAUCAUCUUGCGAGGCGCCUGCGUCGCGCUGAGCCUCGCCACGUUCAUCGCGUCGCUGUACGCAACGACAAAGUACGGGUACGGCAAGGCUGUGUCGGGGGCGUUUGCCGCGUCCCUGUUGGCAAUCCCCGUCGACAUCGCCGAGAUCGUCGGCCUCGCAGACACCAAGCGCAGGGUCGGCCGCUGCACCGAGGGCGCCCUCUGCGGCUUCGACUUCCUGACGGGCACCAUCUGCGCCGUCGUGCCGAGCCUCGUCUGGCUGGCAGAAGUCGGCUUCAAAGAGUACCAUUGCGCCUCAGACAAGUCGGCGGAGGAAUGCGACAGGGAGGGCAGGCGCCGGCGGGAGGCUGACGACUACGUGUUUGCGGCGUGGAUGAUGCCCAUGGUUGUCGCGUGA